UUCAAUCGGUAGACUUCCCGGAAGUGCUGUUGGACGCUAACUUAAAACUAGGGAAUAAUUUUAUCAUACCUUCUUCAAUACUAAUUUUAAGCCAUGUAGUUGUUCGUGGAUAAUGCGGUUGACUGCAGUGUUACAUAAUUAUUCCGCCCCCACCGUCUGGAGCUCUAACUUCCUUGUUUUGUGCCUCAUGAGUCGCAGAACUUUGAGCUCACACAGCAGUGAUGGCUUUGCCGUUUCUCUCAGCUGUUUUCCUCUGUAGUUUUUGUGCGGUUUUAGGGUCUCAGCAGCCUCAUAUAGUGUUCAUUUUGGCUGACGACUUUGGUUGGUACGAUGUGGGCUUCCACGGCUCAGAGAUCAGGACACCAAACCUGGACAAACUGUCUGCCAGCGGAGUCCGCCUGGACAAUUACUAUGUCCAGCCUCUGUGUACACCGUCCAGAAACCAGCUGAUGACUGGGAGAUACCAGAUCCACACAGGUAUGCAGCACCAGAUCAUCUGGCCCUGUCAGCCAUACUGUGUGCCUCUGGAUCAGAAAAUGCUGCCCCAGCUGAUGAAGGAGGCCGGCUACGCUACACACAUGGUUGGAAAGUGGCACCUGGGCAUGUACAAGAAAGACUGUCUGCCCACACGCAGGGGCUUUGACACAUACUUUGGUUACCUGACAGGCAGUGAGGAUUAUUUCACUCAUGUCCGCUGCGUUCCCAUCUCUGCUCUGAACCUGACUCGCUGUGCGCUGGAUCUGAGAGAUGGAGAAGAGGUCGCCACCACAUACAAAGGGGAUUAUUCCACUGAGCUGUUCAGCCAAAGGGCCACCAGCAUCAUCAGCAAACACACACCUACUAAGCCCCUGUUUCUCUAUAUGGCACUGCAAGCCGUCCACAGCCCCCUGCAGGUCCCAGAUCGAUACUUGACCCCCUACAGUUUCAUCAAAGACCACCAUCGUCAACUUUAUGCCGGCAUGGUGUCUGCUAUGGACGAGGCAGUGGGCAAUAUCACACUGGCUCUGCAGCAGAGUGGACUCUGGGACAACACGGUGCUGAUUUUCUCAACAGAUAACGGUGGUCAGACCCUGUCCGGUGGCAGCAACUGGCCUUUGCGAGGGCGGAAGUGGUCGCUGUGGGAAGGAGGGGUCCGGGGAGUUGGAUUUGUCACCAGUCCGCUGUUAAAGCGCCCAGGGACAGUCAGCCGUGAGCUCAUCCACAUUUCUGAUUGGCUGCCCACACUGGUUGGACUCGCAGGUGGAAGCACAAACUCCACAAAACCACUGGAUGGAUUUAACGUGUGGAACGCAAUCAGUAAAGGGCAUGCCUCUCCCCGACUGGAGCUCCUGCACAACAUUGACCCUCUGUACAAUGACAUAGCUCCAUGUCCUGGCAGUGAGAAGAAGUUAACUUUGGCUCAGGUGGACAGCGGAGACUCCUGGACUAAGUCUGGCUUCAAUGUGUCCAUUCAUGCAGCCAUUCGAUUCUCAAAGUGGAAGCUCCUAACCGGCUACCCGGGUUGUGACAUUUGGUUCCCCCGGCCCGGCCACAACAGCAGCUCUGAAACCAGAACCUCCGACGUGGAUCCACUGAAAUCCGUGAUGCUGUUUGACAUAGAAAACGAUCCAGAAGAGAGGAAUGAGGUGUCGGCUCAGUUCCCUGCAGUAGUGGAAUAUCUCCUUGACAGACUCAACCACCACCAGAAGAGUGCCUUACCCAUAAACUUCCCAAACGAUGACCCCAAAUGUGACCCAGGUCCCAAAGGAGCCUGGGGACCUUGGGCUUAGAUUACAAUAAUGAUCAGCUCAAUGAAGGUUUAGCACUUUGUUUGCAAUUUUUAUCAUGAAUUUCAAGAGAUUUGUAUAUUUUUCAACAGCAGGUUAUCUGUUUUUUUUUUUUUUAAGAGAAAUAUAUUCCAUUAUGUUGCUGUUAUAGAAAAUAUGUGUUCUGUUUUAAAACUCAACCGAAUUUGUUUUUUGUUUUUUGUUUUUUUUUUUUCUAUAAACCAACGGAGGAGGGUUAGAAAUUCACUGACAGAUGUUGCACUAUUAGCUAUAUUGAUCAGUCUCGCAUCUCUGACAUGCUUUUAAGAGGUUUAGUUAAAGCGAUUACGUAAAAAUCUGUUGGCUACAGAUGUUGCUGAUUUGUAAAGACCAUCUCCCUGCUGUUUCAGGUAUGUUCACUUCAUUUAUCUACUGGUGAGAAGACCGCAGACCACUUGUAUGUGUCGAACACAGGGCCGUAGAGGAACAGCAGGCUGUAUUUACUUUAGAAAAUGAUUGUACGAACCAAACAAUGGUGUCUUUCACAGAUUACACUGAAAUAACACGGAUUAUGUUGAUUUUAGAUUAUAUGCAAGUAUUUGAAAGUCACCUCUGGUCAAAUCUUGAUUUAUACAUUGCAUAUACAUUAUAUUACUUUGUUUUUUUUGUCAGAAAAAACAAAAUUUUAAUAAAAUGAGGCCAAUUUUCAUGUAGGUUGUAAAGUAUUCUGCAAACUACAAGCACUUUUUAGUUCCUCUUUCCUCAACAGUUGUCUUAAAGUUGAUGAGUCGGUGCCAAAUAGUUUUGCACUGUAUUUCUGCUCAGAUGUAGAAAAUGUGAGGAAUUUCUUGUCUACUUCAGGUAUCCCUAAUGUUAUGGCUUCAACAAUAACCUCCACAUGCCAGUCAUUCAUGAAACUAUGAAUGUACUGUUCUUGUGGAGGUAAUUUGCAGUUAUUUCUCUAUGGUGAUAGAUUUUAUGAGCACCUCUUACAUUCAGUCACCACCGUAUCCCUGUUAUACGUAACAUAAACACUCUGCUUGUACUGAAAAACAUGAAACUCCAUAGGGCCAUUUGCAUAUUUGGAGUCUCAGUGGGAGAAACUAAUUUUCUUAAUACAUACAUCCACUUUGACCUUUGAUCCCCGGGGGUUGACCUUCUACUGCCAGCAGCAUGCAGAGGACCACAGGAAAGACUCCCUGCUGAGGGUGGGCGGCACCGGCCAAUGUGGGCUGUGACCCUUAACCUGCCAAUGUGAAUUGAUUGGCAGUUGAACAAGAUAAAUAAACAAAUGCUUGUUACCAGGCGAAACAGUAGAGCUGCAGGGCUAUUUGACACCAGCACUUUAAUCACUUCUUGUGAGUGUUUUUGGCACAAAUCAGACCAACCACCUCAAAUUUAAUGAUCUGAUUGCAAUCCGAUCGCAGAAAUGGCAGAGACUGUGUAUGCAAAACUGAUCAGUUAAUAAACCUAGAAACAGAUCAUACGCAUUAACUAAUAAAACUUAUUUUUGACAGUGUAAGGCUUCAAAUACCUCCGAAGAUCCCAUAUCAACUCAAAUGUUACAAAAAGGUCUGUUUUAACUGUGAAAUAUGUGCUACCAACAUUUCUUGGUCAUGUCUCAGUGCCUUUCCGGUGUAUUUCUGAACUUCCAGUGUUUUUUGUCUAUCUCCCAGUAGCACUUUAAGAAUUCACUGUGUAAGAUGCAGGAAUUUAGAGAUGCAUGUAUCUGCAGAAUUGGAAUAAAAUCUUUAUGUUAAUA